AUGGCAGACAUUCCAAUGUUCCACAAUCUCACCUUGGAGAGACACGGCAAUGUCUUCGUGUUGACCAUGCAGAAGCCUCCUGAGAAUCGACUGAACUCGAGCUAUUGCCAGGAAAUGAUUCGAGCUUACCGUACAGUCGAGAAGCUGCUUGGCCCAGACUCCGAAGGUGCUGUUAUUACGCGAGGUAAUGAUGCUAAGUUUUGGUGCACAGGUUUGGAACUAGAUGAGUCUGACAGCAAUCCUUUUGCGAAUACGGAUGGGUUUUACCCACUUGUCCACACGAUCCUCGAUUUCCCCUUUCCUACCAUUGCGCUGCUCACUGGACAUACAUUUGGCGGCGCUUGUCCCCUAGCCCUGGCGCACGACUACAGAAUCAUGAAUUCGCGCCGUGGCUUCAUCUCUAUGCCUCCUGUCAAUCUGGGCUUGCAUUUCGAUGGAAUAGGAUCUCUUCCACGGCUUAAGCUUCGCCCUCAGAUCGCACGAAAGAUGCUAUUGGAAGCCCACAAAUGGACGGGACAAGAAGCAUUGGAGGACGGAAUUGUUGAUGCUGUUGCUGAGCCCGAGAAGAUGCUGGAAGUCGCUCUGGAUUUGGCGGCGAAAUGGGCACCAAAGGCGAAGAUGGGUGUAUACGCUUUGCUACGUCACGAGCUGUGGGGAGAGGCAAUCGAGAAGUUCCAAAAAAUAAGCUAUGUGCAUAGUCGGGUAACAUCUGCUCCGGCUAAGGCCAAGAUCUGA